ACCAUUACAUUAACAAACGCCUCUUGAGAAAAAAAACCAUAUUUGAUCCUGCACUGUAGAAUACUCAAACGAUUCGAUGUUCAACGUAGCAAGAGGGGAAACUAAGCCAACAGAAAGAAGCAAAAUGGACAAAGAAAAUAGGACUUCUGCGAAAGCCGCGAACAAAUUGAAGGAGAUCCGCGCUCGAAAGUGGGAGGCAGUGUCCAAGGAUCUCAGCGACUGGGGAGUUCCCGUUAAAAACUGCCAGAGAUAUAUAUCUGAUUACGGGAAAGACAAGAUGAUAGAGAUGUGUGAGUGCUUCAAAAUAUUUGACCAUACCGAGACAGGCUACAUCAGUAGACCCGAGAUGGCACUCGUCAGCAACUGUCUCGGCAAGGCGUGGAGUCGCAAUUUCAUUCAGCGCAUGCUACAAAACUGCGACAAAAAUGGUGACGCAGUUCUCGAUUUCAUGGAAUUCGUUGAGUUGUACAUUAAUCACGAAUCAGAAUUCCAGAGCCUUCUCAAUGAUCUCAAGGUUGCCUUCGAGGUUAUGGACACCGAUCAAAGUGGUUACCUGUCGCCAGAAGAACUCAGGAUAGUUAUGGACAAAAUUGGACGGCCUAUGUCAGAUGAAGAGACAGCUCAUUUUCUACUGAUAGCAGACAAAAACGGAGACGGUGAAAUUGAUUUUGUAGAAUUUGCUAAAUUAAUCAUUAAAUAAUUUUAUGAAUGCAUCAGAAAUUAAUUAUUUCAAAAAAAAUUCCAAAAACACAGCCUAUUGUUUUUAAUACAAUCAUGACAUUGAAGUAAGAACCCAGCCAAAUUGCACUAUUUGACUCCCAGGAUAAAUAACUCUCGCGACAAUUAUAUGGCUUGGUUUUUUCUCAAUACUAUUUGUGAAAAUUGCCAUCGCUGAAUAAUUCUCAAAAUUUGUAUGAAUUUGCUAUGCUAAAGAAGUGUCCAAUCAGCAGCAGCUAGACAACAAGCAUCGAAUACAGAGGCAAAGC